GAUGGUAUUAUAAUGUGAUAUGGUAUGCAUGCGUAACAAAUGACAGGUAUAUUUUGUGUUCUAGAAUCCAGUGUUUAGUCUUCGUCACUAUCAUCGCUGGAAGAGUAAUCGUCAUCAUCAUGACUGGCAAAAUCCCCACCGGCAAACUGGUUUAACGACAUGGGCGCCCCCGAAGGAGGGUCGCAAUCUGUCAGUCCGCUGAACAAGAAAUCGUCUUCCUCUUCCUCGUCUUCUUCCUCUUCCUCCUCGGGUUCUUGUCCCACGGCCCCUGACAACGACUGGUCGAGCUGCUUUUCGAGCAUCAUGCUGAACAUGUCCAUGUCGAUCUCCUCUCCGCCGUCAUCCGCCGGUGCGGGGAUCUGCGCAGGCACCUCAUCCCAGUCUUCUUCUGAAUCUGACGCGACGUCUUGUGGUGGUAGUGGCGGCGGCGGCGGUGCAGAGGUAGGAAGUGCGAGCUUUGGUGGUGCAGGAAGAGGUUGGGAAUACGAAAAUGAGCUCCCAGGGAGUUCGAGACGUCGUGGUUCAAUGACUGGCACUGGAGCUGGUGUUGGUGUCGGCUUCGAGCGUUUAGCGGGUCUGAGGUCAAAAUCCUCGACGUCGGGAAUAGCCCGUUUGGGAGUUGGUUUGGCUGGUUUGGAUGGCGCGGCUUUGGUCUGUUUCGGCGGAAGAUCGGCUUUGGGUUUAGGAGCUGCUUUGGUCGACCUUGGGACAGCUGAUUUGACUUGUUUGGGAGGUGAUGGAGGUCUUGGAGGAGAAAUGGUCACUUCCCCUUUCUUUUCGUCGUGUUGUGGUCCGAGAGGGAUGUUUUCGACUAGCUCCUCAAGGUCUGCAUCGUUGAGAUCCCGGCGGGUAUCCUUUGUAGGCCUGGGUAUAAGAAGCUGACGGCGGCCGUGAAGGUGCAGACGGCCGGGCUUUUCUACAGGUGCCCCUGUUCGCUUUUCAGUGUAGUCGACAGUCAAGACAGAGUCAAGCUUUUCGAGAGAGAAUC